AUGUCACGAAACCAAUCCAUGUUAAACGAUGAAAUAGAUCAGUCAACGUUAUCAUCAAAUGCAAAUAUAGACACAAAAACAGUGAAAAAUAUCGAUGAUCAUGCUGUCGACAUUAGCUUACCAUCGUCUAACGAUACCUUAUUGCAUGGGACUAAAUUAUUUUUAGUUACUUUUGGUCUAAGUUGUUCUAUAUUCUUAGCCGCAUUAGAUGUUUUAAUCAUUUCCACCGCUUUACCUAAAAUAGUUUCCGAUUUUAAUGGAUUGGACCAAUUCGCAUUGGUUGCAAUUUCUUAUAUAAUUACGGAGGUUUCCUUUCAACCAAUGUAUGGAAAAUUAUCCGAUAUUUUUGGUCCUAAAGCAACUUUCAUAUUUGCAGUCGCCAUUUUUUUAUUGGGCAGUUUUUUAUGUGGUGUUGCUACUAAUAUGAUUUCGUUGAUAAUAUACCGUGCAAUUGCUGGUAUUGGAGGCGGUGGUAUUACUAGCAUUUCUUCCGUAGUAGGACCACUAUUGGGUGGUGUUUUUACUGAUUAUAUUAAUUGGAGAUGGUGUUUCUUCAUCAACUUACCUACAGGUGUAAUAGCAUUAAUCAUCAUAAUUUUUCUUCUUUAUCUGCCAAAACCAACUGGUUCAUUACUUGAUAAAUUUAAAAGAAUUGAUAUUAUUGGCAUCAUUAUAAUGAUGUCAUCAACUGUUUGUAUCUUAUUAUCUCUUAACUGGGGUGGUAAUCUUUAUACUUGGGAUAGUCCUAUGAUUAUAGUACUUCUAUGUGUCGGAAUACUUGGUUACAUAAUAUUUGCUCUUGUUGAAAUUUUCAUCGUUGAUGAGCCCGUUGUUCCACGAGCGGUUUUAUAUAGUUGUUGCUUUUAUACUCCUCUUUAUUUCCAAGUUGUAAAAGCAGAUUCAGCCACACAAUCCGGAUUAAAUUUCAUACCUUUUGCUCUUGGUGUAACAGUAGCCUCAUUCCUAUCUGGUCAAUUAUUCUCGCAUACUGAUAAAAUAUCGUUUCAAUUAGUGAUUAUAUUUGCUUCUUUAUUGGUAAUUGCUGGUAACGGAUUAACCACUAUUUGGGAUGAAAACACCGGAUAUAUUGAAUUAAGUGUAUGCAUGAUAAUUAGUGGUUUUGGAAUUGGUUUAACAGUUCAAUCUUCUAUAUUAUGUGUUCAAUGUUUGAUUGAGCGCAAGUAUAUAGCUUCUGUAACUACUUUAUCGUAUUUCUUUAGAAACAUUGGAGCUGUUUUUGGAAUUACAAUCUCAGGAAUAGUAUUUAAUAUUAAACUUUCUCAAUUAUUAAGUACUUUAACUUUACCUUCAUAUUUUUCAACACAAUCUGUAUAUACUAUACAAUCAUUACCACCAGAUACACGAACUUUAGUUAUUC